CCCACCAUGACCAAGGGUCGUCCUUCUGGCAAGGUAAUACUAAUAACUUGACCAUGCCCACUCAAUGUACUCAUGGGAUCCUCGAUCGUCUAGCACGUUUGCCCAGCUAGCAUGUAUCGACUUUCUGCGCUUCCCUUCGUGGUUCUCGCGGGCUUGUUAAAGUCUGUCGUGGCUGAUUGCACAACCGAGGCUUUCGCCGCCAUCCUUAAGGAUAACUCCAAUGCUACAAUCAACUUAGUUCAAGCUAUCCCUCAGAACGGCAGCUUCGGUCAAGGUGCGCUCGACCUUCCCUUCCCCACGAAUGCGACAAAACUGCCAGCACUCUGUGCCGUUGCCAUCAAUGUCAAAUCCUCCGAAAACUCGUCAUAUGAUUUCGGUCUUUUCCUCCCAGACAAGACCUGGAAUGGCCGAUUUCUGACUACGGGAAAUGGUGGGUUCGGAGGUGGCAUAAAUUGGCCUGAUAUGGGUAUUUUCUCACAGUAUGGAUUUGCCACGAUGUCAACGGACACUGGCCAUAACUCUUCGGUUGAUGAUGGCAGCUGGGGACUUAACGCUCCCGAGAGUUUGAUCGACUGGGGCCACCGAGCCAUGCAUGGGUCCAUUGUGCUUGCCAAGGAGAUUAUUACAGCAUAUUACGCAAGCCCGGAUGGGAUCAAGUAUUCUUAUUACGCAGGAUGCUCGACAGGGGGUCGGCAAGGUCUCAAGGAAGCUCAGUUGUAUCCGGACUCUUUCGACGGAAUCUCCGUUGGUGCUCCGGCUUGGUGGACUGUUCAUCUAGCUGCGAAUACUCUGCGUCUAGGUCUUUCUAACCGUCCAGAUACUGCCCCUGGCCAUAUUGACCCUUCGAUUUUCACCUCAGUUAUUGUUCCAGAGAUUACGAAACAAUGCGACCCCCAAGACGGCUUAGUCGACGGCAUUAUUAACGAGCCGUAUUCGUGCAAUUUCAACUACGAAGCGCUCUUGUGUACACCGACUUCAAACCAAACGGCGUGUCUGACUCCUGCGCAGUUGGAUACCCUAUUCAAGUUCUACAACCCCUGGAUAGAUGCCAACCAAACAUAUGUGUUCCCAUCUAUGGCAAUGGGGGCCGAUCCGACUUUCUCUCUAGGAGACGACUUGACUGGUCUUGGAUAUGGCCUGUUCAGUUGGUGGAUUUACAAUAAUUCCGACUGGGACUACACUAAGUUCACGUAUGACGAUGUUGUGUUUGCGGAUUCCAUCAACCCAGGUGGUGCUACCGCCGACCAUUUUGACCUCAGCGCGUCAUUGGAUCAUGGAACUAAGAUCAUGAUGUAUCAUGGGGGAGCCGACGCCUUGAUCCCUACCGGAAGCAGUGUUUAUUUCUACGAUCAGGUGACCCAGGCCCUUAUACCAAAAGGCAUUAACCCCGACGACUUUUACCGCUUCUUCUUGAUUCCCGGCAUGAACCACUGUUCCGCGUCGGACAAUGCUCCUUGGUACAUCGCCAGUGCGAGCCAGACAAUCGACGGGGCAACACAUUCUGUUCCUGGAUACGAGGAUGCGGAGCAUGAUAUUAUCCUGUCCAUGAUGAAAUGGGUAGAGGAAGGAGAGGCUCCGGAACAGCUCAUUGCGACGAAGUUUGUGAAUGAUAGCGCUCCACUGGGUGUCGAACGCCAGCGGCCGCUUUGCCCGUAUCCCAAACAAUCAAAGUACAUCGCAGGGGACCCGAAUGAGCCCACUAGCUGGGAGUGCGCAAGCCUAUACUGAUCAUGAAAUGCCCAGUCAGAUAGGAUAGAUAAUACCUACGUAAUGUAUGAUCGAAAUAAUAAUUCAGAUACCA